UCUAAACUAUUUGAUACAGUCUGGAGGACCUGGAGUUCUCGUUGACUGAAAACAUGUUUACUUGAUGAAUAAUAAAGAUGAACACUCGGGAAAAAGAAAAAUACAUUGAAGAAUUCGAAUUCCCUCAUUGCGACGAAUCUUCGAAGUAUGAAAAGGUCGCGAAAAUUGGUCAGGGCACCUUUGGGGAGGUGUUUAAGGCCCGAGACAAAAAUUGUACUAAAAAAUUCGUAGCUAUGAAAAAAGUGUUGAUGGAUAAUGAAAAGGAAGGGUUUCCUAUAACUGCUUUAAGAGAAAUAAGGAUAUUACAAUUACUGAAGCAUGAAAAUGUAGUGAAUUUAAUAGAAAUAUGUAGAACAAGAGCAACUCAAUAUAAUCGUUAUCGUUCUACAUUCUAUCUUGUAUUUGAUUUCUGUGAACAUGACCUAGCUGGUCUAUUGUCAAAUGUAAAUGUUAAAUUCAGUUUAGGUGAAAUUAAAAAAGUUAUGCAACAAUUAUUAAAUGGUCUCUAUUAUAUCCAUAGUAAUAAGAUUUUACACAGAGAUAUGAAGGCUGCAAAUGUUUUAAUAACAAAAAAUGGUAUAUUGAAACUGGCUGACUUUGGGUUAGCUCGCGCAUUUAGUGCAAAUAAAAAUGGUCAACCAAACCGUUAUACAAACAGAGUGGUCACUCUUUGGUACAGACCACCAGAACUCUUACUCGGGGAUCGGAAUUAUGGUCCUCCUGUAGAUUUAUGGGGUGCAGGAUGUAUAAUGGCUGAGAUGUGGACCAGGUCACCUAUAAUGCAAGGAAAUACAGAACAGCAACAGCUCAUAUUAAUUUCUCAGUUAUGCGGUUCUAUAACAACAGAAGUCUGGCCUGGAGUAGAAAAUUUAGAACUGUUUAAUAAAAUGGAUUUACCUAAAGGUCAGAAAAGAAAGGUUAAAGACAGAUUGAAACCAUAUCUGAAGGAUCCUUAUGCGUGUGAUUUGUUAGAUAAACUAUUAAUUCUCGAUCCAUCUAAAAGAUAUGAUUCAGAUUCUGCAUUGAAUCAUGAUUUUUUCUGGACCGAUCCAAUGCCCUGUGAUCUUAGCAAAAUGUUAGCGCAACAUACUCAGAGUAUGUUUGAAUACUUGGCUCCACCAAGACGUCCUGGUCAUAUACGUCAUCCUCAUCAUCAAGUACCUGGAGGAUCGGCGAAACCUAGUUCUAGUAUGGCUGACAGUGGUUACCAAGAUCGUGUAUUUUAAUAGUUUACGUUUCCACAAAUAUAUACUGCCCUUUACC